CCUUCAUUCAUCCAUUAAUAUUCUCUCGCAAAGCGCUCAAAGGAUCACUCUCUCUCCGUUAAACCGAAGCAUUAAACAUUCGUCAAUGGCGGGUCGAGGCAAAACAUUAGGAUCUGGCAACGCCAAGAAGGCCACCUCUCGGAGCAGCAAGGCCGGUCUUCAAUUCCCCGUUGGUCGUAUUGCCCGGUUCCUCAAGGCUGGAAAAUACGCUGAACGGGUCGGUGCCGGCGCCCCCGUUUACCUCGCCGCCGUCCUUGAAUACCUAGCCGCCGAGGUUCUUGAGUUAGCUGGCAACGCUGCGAGAGAUAACAAGAAGACCAGAAUUGUGCCACGUCACAUUCAAUUGGCGGUUAGAAAUGACGAAGAGUUAAGCAAGCUUCUUGGAGAUGUUACAAUUGCCAAUGGUGGUGUGAUGCCCAACAUUCACAACCUCUUGCUUCCUAAGAAGACCGGAACCUCGUCCAAGGCUGCUGGCGAUGAUGAUUCUUAGAAACAUUUUUGUUGCAUUGUGUUAUUUCUUAAAAGAUUAAGUUCUAUGUUCCACCUAUUUUUACUUUAAAAUAGGAUUUUAAGGCAUAUUCCUGGUGGUUGUUUCAUUAGUUGUAGCAUGUAGUUAGAUUUUUGGUAGGUAUGUGAAUAUUUAUCAUCUCUCACAUGUUUCAAAUUGAUAAUAGAUUGUUGAAAAUUUAAAUUCUUA